CAGCGGUGUCGUGUAGUGGUUGUUGGUUUAAUGCCGUCCUGUGAGUUUAAGCAGAGUCGAGGGAGAAGUUGAGAGAAAACCGGUUCCCCUCGUCCUCAGUGCUGCUGGAUGCUCGCUGGUGUUCCUGUUGUCCAACUCAUCGUCACCAGACUGCUCAGAUGGGCUUGAGAUAACGCCACCAGAAGGUCCACCCUUGUGCCGAACUCCAGCCCACCACAUUCACCCAGAAUGGCAGAUCCUACCGGGCUGAGCUCAGAAGGGGCCGGUUUAGGCACGGCCGAGGUCGACGCCUGUAGUUUGGAGAUAGAGAGGAAGUAUGACAUCAUCCCUGCCGUCAUCUGCUCCAUGUGUUGCCUGUUUGGCAUCAUCUACUGCUUCUUUGGUUACCGCUGUUUCAAGGCUGUCAUGUUCCUGUCUGGUCUGAUGUUUGGCUCCGUCAUCAUUUUCUUGCUGUGUCACAAGGAGCAUGUGCUUGACACCCAGCUGAGCGUGGAGGUCAGUGCGGGUAUCGGACUCGGAAUCGGCCUGCUGUGCGGUCUGGUCACCAUGCUGGUGCGAAGCGUCGGCCUCUUCAUGACCGGCCUGCUCCUGGGCCUCCUCCUGGCUCUUGCCGCCCUACUGGUCACCCAGCAGUUCUACACUCCAACCACAGUCUGGGUCCCACUUGGUACACUUCUGGGAACGGGCAUGCUGUUUGCUGUGCUGACACUGCAGUGGCAAAAGCUCUUCACCAUGCUCUCCACGGCUGUGUUCGGGGCAGCUAUCAUGACAGUAUGUGCUGAUUACUUUGUGGAGAUGCUGGUUUUGGCCACGCAUGUGUACGAAUGCUUGCGCCUCACACCCGGACCACCUCUCUGCUGGUACAGCUGGGUCAUUCUGGGCAUCUGGCCUGCCCUCAGCCUCAUAGGAGUACUGGUCCAGUGGAAACUGACGGAUGACAGCUUCUCACACACCGAGGUCGUUAUCAGUCGGAGACAGAAGAGAGUCCAGCUGAUGCGAAUUCGAGAGAAGGACGCCAAGAAGCGACAGCAGGCAGGUGGGCAGGAAGGCACGUACCGCCGUAAACCCACCCCAGUGAAACGUUACGCUGGGGAUCUACUGGCACCGAGCUACCUGCAAAGUCUGCGGGACAGACAGAUGGGCACAGGCACUUCCCUUAGCAGCCUGGGCACUGCCAACCACACCAUGAUCGACUUGGACUAUGACACCGGGUCCACCGCCCCCUUACAGCUACAACCCCAGUGGUCAGGGUCUGAGCAAAAGGGACUACCUAGAGCUCUCUGGUUCUCCAACUUUGUCUUCCUAACGUAGAGUAGAACCAACAAGCUGAUACCCUCAGCUAAGGGUUUAUUGUGCCCUUAAAUUGAUUUGGUGAAAGAGAAUGCUGCUUUUUGGGGAGAAGUGAGAGGUGUCACCUGUUUGGUGAAAGCUAUAAUAUAACCACUACAACUACUGUGUUUCUCAGAGAAACACUUAAAAACAGAUACUAACAAAGUCAGGUCCUCCAUUUUUUUCAUGAUGUAUUAAAUACGUUAAUAGCAAGUACGAGCCUCAAAAACGGAUGUUAUGGUAGUGAAGUGACAAAGCAAUUUUUUAACAUUACAUGUACUGUACUUAAAAAGUUAGUCAUUGCCAUGAAGUGUUGUUAUUACCUGUCUUACCUGUUUAACUGUGUGCUUGUAGGAUUUGUGAAAGUUUAUCAUUAAAUGACUGUGUAUUUGGUUUGGUUUGGUGAGAGAGUAAAAUAUGACGGAUGGAUACAUGUGUGACAAAGUGAAGCAAAAACUAAGUGGUGCAAAAAAAGACUUUGUAUUUCCUGUCAGAAUAGACUAGGUGAAGAAUUUAGACUGUUGUGUAUGCUUGUGAAGUGAACUUUUUACAAGUUAAUUUAUAUAUUGACCAAGUACAUGAUAGGGUUAAAAAAAGGACAAAAAACAAAGCAUGUUUGUUGUUAAUUUGUAGAUUUUUAAAGAAUUAUCCAUUGUGAUGUUUGAAUUUAGCAGGGACAGUGCACUUGUUACCUGAAUCUGUA